AUGUUAUCUUGUAUAAAUAUUACAACCAAGUCAAUUAUUAAAAGGAAAAUAUUAGUUGUUGGAGAUGGUGGAUGUGGAAAGACUUGUUUAUUGAAUGUAUUUACAAGAGGCCAUUUUCCACAAAUGUAUGAACCAACAAUCUACGAAAACUAUAUUCAUGACAUUGCUAUCAAUGAUAAGCUAUCAAUAGAAUUAUCUCUUUGGGAUACAGCAGGUCAAGAAGAAUUAGAUAGAUUAAGAGUCUUUUCUUAUGAUAAUACGCAUGCUAUACUUGUCUGUUACUCUAUUAAUAAUCGUACUUCAUUAGACAAUAUAGUCAAUCGAUGGAUACAUGAAUUACAAAAAGAAUGUCCUCAAGCAAAAAUGAUUCUUGCUGCUUUAAAGUGUGAUUUAAGAAGUAGUAGUAGUAGUAGUAGUAGUAGUAGUACUAGUACUAGUACUAGUAAUACUAAUAAAAUAAUAUUAUACAAGGAGGGUCUAGCAGUUGCAAAAGAAAUGAAUGCUAUUCGUUAUUUUGAAUGUUCUGCUAAGCAUAAUCGUGGUGUACAAGAGUGUUUUGAACAAGCAGCCAAAAUAGCUUUGACAGUUCAUUUACCUAAUGAUCCUUUAUUAAAGAAAAAGAAUAAACAAUGUAUGAUUAUGUAA